AUGUUCAAUAAUGCAGGCAACAAGGACCAAGGGGUCUAUAGGGAAAAAGGCAGGUUCAACAUUCUUGAAGAAAUGGUGUCUCCCUAUGGUUCUGACAGUGAUUCUGGAAGUGUAGACUUACAGCUAAGCAACUUGGAAGGGAGUAAGAAAGAUCCAAAUAACCCUGAUUUCAUAGGUAAAGCUGAUAAGUCUGCCAACCAACUUCAUGUGUACAAGUCAACAUCGACUCAGACAUUUCUGAUACCCCUGGAACUUCUCGAAAAAUUGUUGCGGAAAAUGUCAUACAUUCAGAACCUGAGGGGGGCCCAGGGUGAUCUUGAAAAGCUGACAUUCUUGCGAUCUUUGUCCACUCUCAGCCAAACUUUACCCUAUAAUGAAACCACUGAAUCAUUCAUUCAUGAGCACAUCUCACAAAUCUUGGAUGCUAUAGCUAUGCUCAUUCAACAGGAACCACUUCACUCUCUCUUCAGUCCUGUGCGCCAGGAAGUCUUCAUAGCUAUCACUGACCUGAGUUACCAGGAUGUCAAUUUACUGCUUGGGUCUGAAGAUAGAUCUGACUUGUUCAAUGUUCUCAUUAAAAGCAUAAUAGCUCUGCCCUCCAUAAAGACUUUAAAUAUACUUCAAACAGUUAUGCCAAGUGGACAAUACAACACAGAGUCUCUCUACAGGCAGACAUUUCAGGCAUUCUGUGAAAUGCUUCAGUGUUUGGUGAUACAAGACCCACAUUUAGAAAAUCUUGAUCGAAUUUUGGAGCACAUGGAACCAUGGUUACAGUCAACAAAAGACCAUGAACGAGAGAGAGCUACAGUCAGCAUGUCUCAAAUGCUGAGAUGCUUAUCCAGACAUCUCAACUUGCAACCUCCUCUGCAAUUUCAAAAACUAGGGAACCUGGUAGCUCUAAUGGCCCUUCUCUGUGGGGAUCCAGUGGAGGAGGUGGCUCAAGAGGCUGCAGAGGGCACCUACUACCUGCUGCAAAUCACCCUGAAACUGAAGUGUUUCACUAAUGAUAAGAGUCGUCCGAAUUUAAAAGAAGCAAUGAAAACAUGUAAGGAAUUCCUAGAAACGUACAGCAUCAAACAGUUCUAUAGCAACCCCAUCAGAAUUGUCCAGGUCUUUGAAAUUCUUCUCAGUCCAAAUGAACUUACUCAGUUUAUACUGACUACCUUGAAUGGACUGAAAAAUCUGAAACAUCCCCGUACCCAACAAUCAGCAGGAGAAUUGCUGGUGACCCUGGUUAAAAGUGCAGAAACACGAUUUGAGAAGGUAUCGGACAUCGUGGGAGCUAUUUGCAUCCGGCUGCCCAUAAUCAGUCAGCCUAGUGCCCGCCAACAGGCCAUGAGCAUUGUAAGCCUGUUCAUCUCCAAGCCCAAGUAUACAGAUGUGGUGCUCAACCACCUUUUGUUUCAUCCGAUUCCAUUUGACAGGCAUUUGGCUGAGUUGUGGAGGACUCUUGAUGUUGACUUGGCCAGCACAACUUGGAUUCUGUGGAGACUGCUGCGGAAGCUUCAGAAGUGUCACAUUGUGGAUCAGGACAAGAUGGAAUACAUAGCUGUGGCGGCAACUGAUGCUCUUUAUGAAGUAUUUGUGGGAAAUAAGCUCCGAGCAGCAAUGUAUCGUCUCUUCCCUCAACUCCUCAUGGCCCUCCUCAUUCAGAUCCAUCACAGCAUUGGCCUUACAAUGUCAGAUAUCACUAUCCCAAAUGGUGUAUACAGCAGGCAAGAAGUGAAUACCACCUCUACCCCUUUGAGCUUUGCCAUACAAGCUACCAAGACCCUCCUUCUAAGAACGGCAUGUUGGUAUGAAUUUGAUACCAUGGAAAAGAAAAAAGGAUGGAGCUUUUUGGAAGGAGAAAAUUUUCAUCUUGAAGGAGUAUCUCUUCUUGCCAAUGUUUUAUUGGAAAAACAUGAUAUACUUGCUCAUAAGGUCUUAUAUUUGUUAAUCCCUUUACUUAAUCGAGGGAAUGAGAAACAUAGACUUACAUCUGCAGCCUUCUUUGUUGAGCUUUUCCAGAGUCCACUGGCCAAAAGGCUUCCUAGCAGAUAUACCAUCACUCGGUUAAAAGAAUGGCUGCACCACGAAAAUCAACAAUUCAGAGUUCUCAGUCUGAAAGGAAUAGACCACCUUCUCUGUCAUCAUCAAGGAAAGGAGGAAGCUAUCAAGGACAUGAUACCAGUCAUCUUAAGCAGUUUAAGUGAAACAAAUGAAAGGAUUGUUUUAUUGUCCAUCAGUAUACUCCGAAGUCUCCUUGAUACCAUGGACUUUACUACACUCAAAACGACCAUACAGGCCCUAUUCCCCCUAUUUGGUGAUAUUAGACCAAAUAUUCAUCUUCUAGCUGUGAACCUCUUUGGAGACUCCAUUAAGAAGGUGAAACGCAAGGAUAAGAAGGACAUAGAAGGCCAAAUUCUAGAGAGCCUGAUUCCAUUACUUCUCCAUUUGCAGGAUGAAAAUGACACUGUAACUGAGGAGAGCAGUAGGGUUCUUACUAUAUGUUGCCAAUUCUUAAAGUGGAAGCUGCCACGAGAAGUGUACAAUAAAGAUCCUUGGCACAGCAAUUCUUCUGGAAUAGGAGUGGUCUGCAAAUUCUUUGAACAAAAAUGUAGGGGGAAAUGUAACAUCAUGAUGCAGACCAUGAAGUAUACCCAAAACCGUCGAGUCCAUUUAAGAAGAGCAGCGGUACUCUUUAUAGGGCUCUUAGCAAAGUACAUGGACCACAGUGAACUCCGUAUGAAGGGGACUGAAUGGAUAGAAGAUGUUCUGAGACCUCUGCUGCAUGAUCCUGAGCCUUCUGUGCGUAUCAUUGCAUCCCAGGCUCUUUGUCGAGUCCAAAAAGCAGGUGUAGAACCAGAGCCCAGACCUGUAGUAUGCAGGCUGAGAAAGCUUUUCAACUAUAUCCAUAAUUAGAAAUGGUUCAAACCCACAAACAUCAGGUGAGAGCCAGCUCCAUGUAAAGACAGAGAUAGAAGCUUUGAGGCCCCUAUCUUUUUCAUACUUAACAAAAGCAGUGAAUGAUCUGGGAUAUCCACUACUUUACUAGCAGCCUCUCUCUUUGAGGAAUUAGAAUAGUAGUAUAGGACAGGGCAAACUAGAUUGUGUUAAAAAAAAAAUGAUGAAAAAGGUGCUACAUUUUGGAUUGUGCUCAAUUUGCUGGAAAAUCCAGAUAGACACACCAUAGCAGGUAAACAUUGGUUACAAUAUGGAUGAUCCCAAUCUAGUUUAUUCAGGAUGCCCUGGUCUAGGGAGGAGGGGUUGGGAGAAGUACAGGAGAACCUCUCCCCUCAUAUUUAUAGCGUGCUACUUUUGAAGCCUCAAGACUUACUAUUGCCUUCCCCCCCUUCCCCCACAUAGGCUAUAUCACCAACAGGGAGAAGGAACCCAGCGUAUGAUUUUUGUGUAGAGUUUACUUGAGAGAAACUUUCACUGGGUUACUUAAAACUACUCUUAUUUCAGCCAUUUAGAAGGGUUGAGGAGGUACUGAAUAAAAAUUACAUUAGAGGUUUCAGAAGGAUAUAUUCACUUCUGAAUUUUUAUUAGUUUUAUAGAUGAACUGUGUUUUUUCUCCCAGAAUUGGGUUUAUAACCCUUAUGAAAUCUUUGUGUCCUAAACAGAAAUUUCUGGAAUU